GCACGAGCAUGUCUCCUAUUUUUAAAAGUGUAAGUAAACAUAUUAAUGUAUUUAGGAAUGAUUUUUUAUUCUGCCUGCUUCGAACUUAAUCUUGUUUCAUUUAAAAGAUGCUCAGAUUUUGUCAAAUCAGGAUCCAGGUGUGAGAGAUUCAGAAACUGUGAUUUCAUUGAACACAAACUGGAAUGCUGUGAAUUUUCAGCAGGAAGAAUUUCGGCCAUUGACACCUUCAUCUGACACAGAUUCACAGAGUUCGGUCACAGCUGACUUCAACCAGACUUUAUUACAGGGAAUCCGUUGUAUGACCCCACCAUACAGUCCCCACAGUGAGGCGCUCCAGGGGUCCGGCAGUCCCGCCCAUGAGCCCAGAUGUCAUGCUAUCAGUGUAAUCCGCCACACCUCAGAUGCACUUCCCUCCACAAACACCUUCAGUCCUGCUGAAACAUCAGACAUCACGUGUUCAUCUGCUAACGAGCACACUCAUUUAAACAGCCCCUGCUGUCCGUCCGACUCAAAACUUACAAACCCAAAGCGUCUCAGUUCUGAAGCACCGUCAGCUCUCCGGCCGGUGUCUGAAAGCGUGCCAUCAAUCUCCGUGUUCCAGAUAAAUCCACUGACACUCCGCUCUUUGGUUUCCGUCCCUCCGCAGCCUGUUUGCCAACCGUCUGUGGUUUUUGUGCCCGAAGGUUCAGUGAUGGUCGUGGUGCCAAAGUCGGUCGCCCCUAAACAAAUGUUCACAUCACCUUCAUCUGGUUUGAGGUUUACUGCCAUCUCUCCGGCUCCAGGCCGCAGCUCAUCUUCAAACGUCUCAAAAGCAUCUCCGUCACGGCCUCGAGACCACGUCUGCGCUCACCCGGACUGUGGGAAAACAUACUUCAAAAGCUCUCACCUAAAAGCGCACCUGAGAACCCAUACAGGUGAGAAGCCGUUUCGGUGCAGCUGGGAUGGUUGUCCGAGACGUUUCGCCAGAUCUGAUGAACUCACACGCCACUGGCGCACGCACACGGGAGAGAAGCGUUUCGCCUGUCCCGUCUGCCACAGUCGCUUCAUGCGCAGCGACCACCUGGCCAAACACGCCAAUCGCCAUCUCACCACCUGGAGAACACCCGUGUGGCUGAAGGAGAUCAGACGUCUUAACAUCACCGCUGUCUGUCGUACUCUGCAACCUUUGGCCCCCAAGACUCCGAGUUGACGCAGAUGGAUCUUGAACAGAACAUUCCAGAAGGACAUUCAUACAGCAUGAGUUGGAUGGAUCACAGCAGAAUAAAAGAGAACAUGGGGGACUUAAGACUUUUUUUUUUUUAAAUGAACUGCUUUCAAUGUGAAACACAUUUUUCAAUUUGAACUGUUUUCAACUUGACAUGCAAAACUUAAAAACGGACAAGACAUAACCCAAUGACAAAUGUAGGCCUAUGUUUACUUUAAAGAGUACAUAACUAGGGAUUUUUAAGGUCCUACUUUGGUUUAUGGAGCGUCCAACAACAAGUUUAUGUGCAUAGAAGGUGUAAAAACACUUUCGUAAUAAUAGGCAGUUAUUCUUACCUUACUUCUUGACUGACUCUCAAAUGAUUUGUUCGGGCGAUUCAUCCGUCUAAUCCCCUCCUCUCCGCUAGCCUAGUCUGAUGUGAUUGGUCAGAUGGUCUAGUCUGAUGUGAUUGGUCAGAUGGUCUAGUCUGCUGUGAUUGGUCUACCGUGAAUGAGGCUCACGAGCUACAGUGUUUGGGGGAGAAGAGUGAAGUUUUCGCAGGCAGUCCUAGCAAAACGUAUGCUGGGACUAUAUGUAGCGACGUAAAUCCGUGGUGGUUCGCGAAUCGGACUAGUGACGACUCGUUUGAGUGAUUCAUAGUCGACUCCCUUUUUUCCAAGCCGAUAACUUUGUUAUUCAUUCACCUUUGGAUUUACAACUUGGCAGAAUGCUUACUUUCAAACACGGCAAUAUUACACACAGCAUGAAAUGUCAUUUUCAUGAUCUCAUGUUAUGUACUCUUUACGAACACAUUUGGACUGACAUCUCAAGCUAUUGAAACAUGUAUAAUAAGAUCACGUGGUUUAAAGCUGAAGAUUAAAUGAGGUAUAAUUUAUGGCUUUCUUGUACCUCAGUGGUUACAGCAUGGCGCUAGCAACACCAAGGUCUUGGGUUCGAUCCCAGGGAUUGCACACACAGACUGUAUAGUAAUGCAAUGGAAGUCGUUUUGGAUAAAAGCGUCUGCCAAAUGCAUUUAUGUAAAUGUAGGUAUAAAUGAUGAUGUCAUUUUUGGGGUGUACUUUCCCUUAAAUUCUUAUAACCAAUUAUUGACAAUACGCAGAGGUGUCAAACAGUUUUGUAUCUUGUAGAACACAUCGUCAGAUAAAUUUCUAAUGCUACUCAAAGCUAAUGGUUUCUCAAGAUU